AUGCAACUCAGGAAUAACUGUUGGACCGGCUACAGCUUAGUGCAGACGACACAGCUGUCACUGUACCACACUAUCCUCAAGGACUCCCCUGACUUCAUAGACGCCAUGAAGAUGGCCCGCGUCCUGGCUGACAACAUCACAAGCGCCAUGGGCCACAAAGUGUUCCCCUACAGCGUGUUCUACGUGUUCUACGAGCAGUACCUGACCAUUGUCUACGACACGGUCUUCCAGCUGGGCGUGUCGCUGGCGGCCAUCUUUGCGGUGACCGCGGUGCUGCUGGGCUUUGAGCUGUGGUCAGGAGUGCUGGUCAGCAUCACCAUCGCCAUGAUCCUGGUCAACAUGUUCGGGGUCAUGUGGCUCUGGGACAUCAGCCUCAACGCUGUGUCCCUCGUCAACCUCGUCAUGAGCUGUGGUAUCUCUGUGGAGUUCUGCAGUCACAUAGUGAGGGCUUUCUCCAUCAGUGUGAAGAGCACCAGAGUGGAAAGGGCUGAAGAAGCUCUGGCCCACAUGGGCAGCUCAGUGUUCAGUGGGAUCACUCUGACUAAGUUUGGAGGCAUCCUGAUCCUGGCUCUGUCCAAGUCCCAGAUCUUCCAGAUCUUCUACUUCCGCAUGUACCUAGCCAUGGUGCUGCUGGGGGCCACGCACGGACUCAUCUUCCUCCCUGUGCUGCUCAGCUACGCAGGUCCUUCGGUAAACAAAGCCAAGGUGUUUGCAGCCAACAAGCGCUAUGCCGGCACAGAAAGGGAGCACCGCCUCAACUUCUAGAGGCUCUGUGGGGCAAAGAGCAGGACAAUGAUGAUUUUGAACUAACUAACCUUUCUGUCCUGGUCUGGGAGAGACAAUGUGGGGUGACGGAGGUAGAAACAGCAGUUUCUAUGAUUUCUGACACGCACUCGCAAUGCAGGGAUGCAACUCAGGAAUAACUGUUGGGUGUGUCUCUGAGGCCUCUCACACUUUAUUUAAUUCUGAUGGGCAAUUCUGGGUAGUUUUCAUUAGGGCACACAGUGGAAAAAUGUUUUGCAAUGGACAUUUCUUGUCGACCAGUAGUCUUUCCCUGUUUUUGUCUGUUUUGGUGCCUAAUGAACACCACUGAUUUCAGUAACCUAGAAUAGCCCCCUAAUGUAACAUUAGCAGCAAUAGGAUGAUAUACUGUUUCCCCUCUCAACACAGGAAGUCAGCUAUGUGAAUAUAGGAAAAACUUAAACCCCCAUAAACGUCUAGUUUACAUCUUAUGACCCUACUCUUUAUUUUCUCUUGAGGACCAGCUAUUCUUUAGAUUAGCUAAGUAGAAUGUGUAAAGAGAAUGAUAAUAUAUGCAAAAGAUUACUUCUCUGAGAAGAAAAUAAAGUUUGACGAAUCAUUUAUGUAUACUGUAAUGUAACUAAUAAUGAAACCAAAUAAUGUUUAAAGAUACAGUUAACCUGGUAUACAUUCCAGGUGUUCCACACAUAGAAAAAUAAUUACUGUAAUUUUGUUUCUAUGGUUCCACAGUUACUGAAAAACUUGACUAGCUUGAUUUGAGGCAACUUUUAUUAACGUUAUUAUAAUAAUAUUGUGUGACAAUAUGGGUCAAUAUUCACAGUGACGCAGAGUAAGAGUGAUGAUCUUGGACCAGGGCCACCAUGUCCAUAUAAUGAUAAAUGAAAAGGCAAAACUGAUCCAAGAUCUGUGAACAAGAGCUCAGUCUGUAAGUACAUUAUACUAGGCUUGGUCUGGCUUCACAUCUUGCAGUAAUGUUUUUGCUUACAGUUAGGGCUGUGCCCAGUUGUCUGUAGUACCUCAGAAUGUAGGGUUGAGCAAAGAUAUGAAAGUAAAAUUUAUUAUUGUUAUUAUGGGGCAACCAGGGGCUCGAGAUGUUUGUUACAGACAUGCUUGUUGACAAUGCUGCGCAUUGGCACUAGAAAGAAGCACAAUGUUGUAAUAUGGUAACCAUGUCUUGAAUGAAAAUCUUAAUGUUUUAACAUUUUAAUGCGUGGACUGUAUUGCAGCUCGGUAUUGACAGAUUUAAAUCUGAUUUGCAAUAGAAUCUCAUAUUGGUAUAUUGGUACACCACUAUAGAUUUGCUUAAUUUGGUAAAAUAAAAUAAAAAAUAAAUCACUAACUAAUA